AGUAACUUCCCAAUUUGACCUUUGUUCCAAGUCAACGGAUAAAUGAUAAUAAAUAUAGAUAUAAGGGAUCUCAAAAACUCAAAUCUUCCACUCUGUUAUUUGAGCCUAAUCUAGUGACAAAGUGAGUGCCUAUUGGAUUUGAAAAUAGUCCAUUCCAAAAAUGGCUCCAGAACCAUUUAACCUUGACCUCUCACCCCUGAGUGAAGAAGGCAAAAAAAUUGCAGCUGAGGAGCUCAGAGAAACCCCAGAAGUAGUAGCAGCAGCACUAAAGGAGUUGAGGGAGUUAUUGGCCAAUGACAACACCAUUUCCUUCGACACUGAUGAUGCCACCUUGCUGAUCUUCCUGAGGCCAUGUAAAUUCUAUGCUAAAAGCGCCCAUGAAUUGAUGAAAAGAGUCGCUGACUUCAGAGAAAAGUACAAGGCUUCUUUGGAAAACCUCAUGCCUGAUGACGAGAAGGAUGCUUUCAUGAAUCACAAUGUAGUCAACGUAUUAAAAGAUUUGGAUCACAAGGGAAGAAGGGUCAUGAUUGUCAACUGUGGAUCUACCUGGAACACAUCCAAAGUCACUUCUGACCAACUCUUCAGAAUUUUCUACUUGAUCCACAUCGCAGCCACCCUUGAACAAGAGGCACAAGUAAGAGGUUGCGUAGUCAUCAUGGACUUCGAUGGUCUAGGAAUGAAACAAGUAGCUGCCUUAAAUCCAGUAUUUAGUAUGAAAUUGCUUGGAUUCAUCCAAGACGCCAUGCCAAUGAGAUUGAAGGAAGUCCACAUGGUAAAACAACCCUUCAUCUUCAGGGUAGUCUGGAAAAUCUUCAGCCCCUUCAUCAGGGAAAAAUUGAAGAACAGAAUCUUCUUCCAUGGCAGUGACAUGAAGAGUCUUCAGAAACAUAUCCCUGCAUCUCAUCUGCCUGAAGAUUACAAGGGUGACUUGCCAAAAAUCAAUUACAGCGGCAAAGAUUGGUUCCCCUGCAUUGAAAGUCAUAGAGAGUAUUACAAGAAAUGGAACACAUGGGGCCUCAAAAAGAAGAACUAGAUUCUGAUCUCCAAGUAACAUGUAAAGAUAAAGACUGUUAUCAGAAUAAUAUCGGAGAACUUUGAAGAAAAUUAGUAUUGUUUUUCAGAGACGUUGAACUUGUCAUUUAAGUAUAUAUUUAUUGUUGAGUGAAUAAAGAAGAACUGUU